AUGGCAACCGUUCCACCAGAGUUCCAGGAGACAAUAAACGCCCUCAACGCCCUCUACAACGCCCCUUCAAACUCGGCAAAGAAGGAGGCCAACCGCUGGCUCGAGGACUUUCAGGCCAAGCCAGAGGCAUGGCAGAUUGCCGUCAUGAUCCUGUCGACCGAGGCCGUCGGACUCGAGGCACAAGUCUUUGGCGCCCAGACUCUGAGACGCAAGAUUGUCGAUGACUUUCAGGAUCUGGAUGGAGCAUCAAGGGAGCAAUUGCAAUCCUCUCUCCUGAACAUCUCAGUCCAACACAGGUCCUCGCCAAAGGUCGUCAGGACUCAGCUUUGCUUGUCUCUGGCCGCCCUGGCUUUGCGUAUGCUCGAGUGGGAGCAGCCUGUUCGCCAUAUGAUCAACCUUUACGGAUCUAACGCGACAGAUCUUCCUUAUCUCUUGGAGUUUCUCACAGUCCUGCCCGAGGACGUGAACGACAGUCGAUGCCCAAACUUGACGGAUGAAGAAUAUAGAAACCGCGCGGACGAGCUGUUGACUCGGAAUGCGAACGAGAUUCUCAAGAUGCUCGUUCUGUUUAUGGAAGGCUCUGGUGGCGACACAAAACUUCAAGAGGCGGUUUUCAAAUGUUUCCUCUCAUGGUUGCGCUCAGGAGACAUUGCGACCAGCAGCUUAUCCAAGAACCCCCUCUUGGCCUUCUCAUUCAAAGCUCUUCAAAUGCCCGAGCUCUUCGACACUGCUGUGGAUGUUGUCUGUGAGCUGAUCUACCAGACCAAGGAUAUUGAGGAGUCCAUGCCCGUCAUCGAGGAGAUCUACCCCAACUUGCUGCCCCUGCGCCAGGAGAUUGUCCAGAGUUUGGAGGACGACAAUGAGGAAAACAUUCGCGGAUACUGCAAGAUCUUUGUGGAGGCUGGAGAGUGUUACUUGUCGUUGGUGGUCAGGCAUACGGACCACUUCAGAGGCAUUGUUGAGGGAAUCGCAGAGUGCACAUCCUUUCAUGAUCUGGAUGUUGUCCCCAUGACCUUCCGUUUCUGGUAUCAGUUGGCUGAUGAGCUGCGCAAGAACGAGGAAGCCCGACUCAAGUACCAGGAUGUCUACGAGAAGUUGGUCGAUGUUAUGAUCAAGCAUCUGCACUACCCCGAUGACAUGGAUUCGUGGAGCGCAAAGCAGAGGGAUGACUUUAAGGAUUUCAGACACGUCAUGGGCGAUGUUCUCAAGGACUGCUGCCUUAUUCUCGGGUCCAGGGUUCCUUUGGGCAAGGCAUACAUGAAGAUCACCGAGGCCGCCCAGAAGUCACCCCCCAAGUGGCAGGAAGUUGAGGCUCCUUUGAUGGCCUUGCGAUCGAUGGGAGCCCAGGUCGAGCCGGAGGAGAACGAGGUGUUGCCUGAAAUCAUGAAGCUGCUCUCGCAACUGCCUGACCACCCCAAGAUCAAGUACGCUGCGACCCUAGUGAUUGCCCGGUACGGAAACUGGACGGACAAGCAUCCCGAGUUCAUCGAGUACCAGCUGAAAUUUAUCUCGUCUGGAUUCGAGAACGAGGAUGUCGUCGCUGCCUCUGCUCUCGCCUUGAAGCUGCUCUGCAAAGAGUGCAGCACUCAUCUUCUGAACUAUUUAAACCAGCUUCACGGGUUCUUUAUGAACGUCACCCAAAAGUUGAAGGGAUUGGAUCUUUGGGAGGUCACGGAGGCUGUUGCUCACGUUAUUGCAGCUGUUCCCAACGCUGAGCUGGCCCAGGUCUUCCGCAUGUUCUGCGCACCCAUUGCUCAGCAGCUUGCCAUCUUGGCUUCCAAGACUGUUGCCACUCAAGAGGAAGACAUUCCUUUCAUCAUCGAUAACAUCACCCAGCUCAAGAUCUUUUUUGAGACUGUCAACCCCCAGGUGGCACCUGCAGAUGCGCACCCUUGCAUCCCUAUUGUUCAGGAACUCUGGCCAGUCAUGGACAGCUUGGCAGACAGGAUCGGAGCUGUAGACGAGGCUUCGAGACCAUUGGCGGGAUGCUGGCGCUCGAUUGUCAUCAGCUACAGGACUCACUAUGCACCCCUCUUGCCCGUGACGAUGGCUCGUUUGAUCAAGAGUUUCGAGCAGACAGGUUUGGGACAGUACCUCUGGGUCAGCUCCAGAGUUGUGCGUGAGUUUGGUGAGCAGAACCCUGGCGCUGCCCUUCAGUUCGUCAAUGGUCUCAGUGCUUCAAUGUGGCAGAUCUUGCAAAAAUAUGCUGGCCAAUUUGACGAGAUUCCCGAUGUUGUCGAGGAUUACUUCAACUUGGUGUCGGAUACGAUGGUGGCGUGCCCGCGGGAGUACCUUCACAGCACUCUGUUCCCAACGGUGUUUGAAGCGAUGGAUGCUUCGCUGACGCUCAAGGAGCAAUACUCACUCAUCGCAGUCCUUAGACAUGGCAGGAUUAUACUGGACCAUUUAAACGACCUUCAGCAUCCUCGGGAUUCACCUUCACAGAGCCCUAGCCUUACGGCCAGCGAGGCGGCGAUUGUGAAGGGUCAGUUUGAGGCACACGACGCGUUUGUAGCCAAGCUCGUACAGGGAGUGAUCUUUCACUUCCCGCCUGAGGUGCACGGUGAUGCUAUUGGACUGAUCAAGGCUUUGGCCAUGUUCGCUCCUCAGGAGUCUGUUGUCUGGUACGGCAAGGCUGUUUCGGCGCUGGAACAUGCCACCCCCAACGAGAUGCAGAAGACCGUCUCUGACUUUUCAGCUGCUGCAGCAGAAGCCAACUGGAACAAGGUCCGAUCUGCUGUUCAUGACUUCACGACGGUGUACAGGCGCAAGAAUGUCCUCCCUCGCAGCCGGAGCAGCAAGAAGUAA